AUGAAUGCAAACAAUAACAGUUCUGGCUUUCGACAAGCACAAGCGCGCUUGAACAUGCGAAAAGGCACUAAGAGCUGCUCUGAAUGCCGACGUCGAAAGACGAAAUGCACCUACCGCGGAGGAAGACUGUCGAGGUGCGACGAAUGCUACGCUCGUGGCACACCCUGCCUGUCCCAGGACAAGGGCCCUAAGACGACGCCUGCUAUCAGUGUCACUUCGACCAACGCAGAUGGCAAGGCCGACGAAGCUAAAUAUAGUCUACGGGAACGAGUUGCUCGUUUAGAAGACUUCGUCGAAGCCUAUCUGAGGAAUGAAUCUACUACCAAGUCCUCGAUAUCUGAGAGAAAUCGCAAUUUACACGGCGGCAGAACUGCGGAUACCGACCCAACGCCAGACGAACAAGCACCUACAUCUACCAACGGUCGUUUCCGGUCGAACCCUAUCCUUAGUCUACUCAACAACGGCGUUAUCACACGGACAUCCCAUGCGGCGAAUCCUUCUCCCGUCGAGUCAGCGGCCAGUACAGAACCGUCAGGUUUCCAUCCUGCUCGGUUUGAGCUCCUGACACUCUUGCCACGUGAACCUGAUCUCAACACAUUGAUCGAACUGAGCAAGGACUGGUGGAGCUCGUCACCUCACAGAUUUCCAGAGCUAUUCGACCGCGAAGCGACGACCGCUGGAGAGUGGAGGUCUGUGCUCAACCAUGAAUUAAGUCUUGCCAAUCCUGCCGCGACCGCCAAAGUCUUCCUCUGGACAGUUAUAAGUGCUGAGCGACUGAACGAUGAGAUAUUUCACGAUGGUACUUUUCGCGACCCUACAGCAGUAGCUACUUUGGAGUCUCGGGUCCUACCUGCUAUUGACAGAGCAGUGGUCUUCCAGGAGGAUGUUGCCACAACCUUGCCCGGUAUAGAAUGCUUGGUACUCUUGUCAAGAUAUUACUGUAACCAAGGCGGACUGCGGAAAGCCUGGCACUUAUGCCGGCGAGCAAUCGAAUAUGCCAUCAGCAUAGGUCUUGACCGACUCCCCUCUGUCUAUCAAAACCCGAUACCGUCAGAUCAUCCCCAUCAUCGACAAAUAGCAUUAUGGGAAGCUAUCUGUUUCUUGGAUCGAUACUUGAGCUUACUUCUUGGGUUUCCCUAUGGCGUGCGCCAUUCACCCCUGGUAUCGCUAAAAGAGGGCAUAGAAUCCCCGCAGCCCAACCCGCAACAGGCGACGUUUUUCUACGCCGCCAUGAGCUCCAUCAUUGGCCGGAUCAUUGACCGAAACCAAGAGCAACUGGACGACCACCAUUCCUUGCUUCGGACUCUGAAAAUCGAUCAAGAGCUGAAACAGGUCAUGGACAACGUCGACACUCUCCGCUGGGACGCUGAUUCAAGCCCCUCGAACCCACAAAUACCGGAAGCCUUGGAGCGAGUUGAAGCAUACUUCCUCAUGCAUUUCAUUCGAGCACUGCUCCAUCUCCCACUGAUGCUGAAAUGCAUCGGCAAACGAGAUAAGGGCAUAUUCCAGUUUUCGUACGGAGUCUCUACGAGCGCAUCGCGUCAAGCCCUGAUCGCUUAUAAAUACCUCCGCGUCGGCCUGCGGAUCGACUCAUACUUGUGCGCGAUGCUCGAUUUCCAAGCCUUUACAAUGUCCGUGUUGCUGGUCUUGCACUUAGUGGGCCAGAAGACCGAAAGCAAUGAAGAACCGAGCAGGGAAUACGCUGUCGAGGGACAAGAUGAACGUGAUUGGAAAUCCGUCGUCGAGGUCACGGACAUCCUUCGACGAGCAUCUACGGACCACCGCAAGAGUACCGUGGCUCAGCAGGCUGUGGCGGUUCUGGACCUGAUAGUAGGUGCGAAGGACGAUAUGGACGGACGACUCACCCCAUUCCCUCAGCCCGAGGCUGAUCUCCAGGGAGAAGAGUGCCAAGUCAAGAUCACUGUUCCCUGCUUUGGCGAAAUCACCGUCGUGAAAGGUGCUAAGGGGACCGACUGCUGCCUCUAUCCCCGUGCCUCUGCAAACACGGUGGACUCCCCACGUCGCGCGACUACGUCUCUUCCGCCUCUGACUGGGCAAGCAGACACUAUCUUCAACCCGUCUGAUCUGGGUCCCAUAACGGUAUCAACAAGUCCCGACGCCGCGGCGCUCUUUGACGGGAAUUGGAGCGUGCUUGCGACAAAUGUGGCCUCAACGAUGGCGGCACACCCACCACGAGCGGUUUACAACCACUGUGGUUGA